CAUCUUGUAUUCUUACAUCUUGUGUAUUAUAACUUAUAAUACGUUUUUGAUCCACAUUUUGACAUGUUCCAUAUUUUUUAAAUGUCCUAAUAACUUUUUUAAUCCAUGUUUUGACAUGUUACAUAUUUUUGAAAUGUCAUAUUACCUUUUUUAAUCCAUGUUUUGAUAUGUUACAUAUUUUUCAAAUGUCCUAAUACUUUUUUUAUCCACGUUUUGACAUGUUCUAUAUUUUUGAUCCAUGUUUUAUGUUGUAUACCUUUUUGAUAUCCUCAUCCUUGUUCCUUGUUUUUGAUCCAUGUUUUGAUAGGUUCUCACAUCUUCUAUUCUGACAUCUUGUGUAUGAUAACUUAUAACACCUUUUUUUUCCCAUAUUUUUGAAAUGUCCUCAUACCUUUUUGAUCCACGUUUUGACAUGUUCCAUAUUUUUGGUCCACGUUUUGAUACGUCCUAACACCUUUUUGAUCCAUGUUUUGUUAUGUUGUAUACCUUUUUGAUAUCCUCAUCCUUGUUUUUGAUCCAUGUUUUGAUAUGCUAUAUCUUUUUGAUCCAUGUUUUGAUAUGAUAUAUCUUUUUGAUCCAUGUUUUGAUAUGAUACAUCUUUUUGAUCCAUGUUUUGCUGCUUCUUGUUACCUGAUUUUUUUCUUUUUCUGCUUUUACCAAAGUCUUUGUGCGUUCUGAGACUGGUUCCCAGCCGUGUUCUAACAUCCAGUGUGUUCCAGCCCAACCUUUUUAACCAGGGUUGUGCAAUAACGUGAUGGAUGACCCACGUAGCGAUGAGUGUUGUUACACUUCAGCAUCCAGUGAGAACGAAUGUGAGCGUGUGCAGGCGUCCUAAUGCUGCUUCCAGUAAUCUGAAGUGGAGCUUUUACUGACUGGACCACGUGGACCUCCCAGCAUCCGUCCCUCCCUCCGCUUUCCUCAGCCUCCAGCUGAUGAGCGUAUUGGCAUAUGCAUGGUUGCUCCCUGCUGAGUUAUUGAGGAUUUGUUUGCACGCUGGUGAGCCGCCGCCGCUGCUGCUGCUGCUGCUUGAUUGUUAUUGACUGUUUUUAAAAAUCCAUUCCUCAUAGCGUUCAUUCUUCUUUCCACGCCUCCCCCUCUGCACUCCUCCCUCCCUUUUCUCGUUGGAGCGUUGGGGAGGAUGUUAACGUCCUGGUCCAGAAGCUCUGUGUCGUCGCCCUGGUCGUCCAUGGAGCAGUCAGACUCGGAGGCGUUGGACAUCAGCACCAAGGUGCAGCUGCAUGGCGUCCUGUGGAAGAGACCCUUUGGACGACCCUCGGCCAAGUGGUCCCGCAGGUUCUUCAUCAUCAAGGACAGCUUUCUGCUCUACUACGCCGAGAACGAGAAGAGGAGCUUUGACAGCAGCAGGAUCUUCAACAUCCACCCCAAGGGAGUGAUUCCCCUGGGAGGAUGCGUGGUGUCCGCCACAGAGGAUAUGGGCAUGCCCUUUGGCCUGGUCAUCAGCCUGGAAGACUUCUCUCAGGGCACCAUCGUGGUGGCGGCGGAGUCGGAGGAGGAGCAGCUGCACUGGAUGGAGAUGCUGCAGGAGUCAGGCAAAGUCACGUGGAAGAACGCCCAGCUCGGGGAGGCCAUGAUUGAGAGUCUGGAGGCUCAGGGUCUGCAGCUAGCCAAGGAGAAGCAGGAGUAUCUGGAUAAGCUGAUGGAGGAGACGGAGGAGCUGAGUCACCAGCGAGCGCAGAGAGAAGAGCUGGAGCGUCUCAAUCAAGUUCUGGAGGAGGAGAAGAUGAAGUUUGAGGAGGUGGUGCUGGAACUGAAGGCUGAGCAGGAGCAGAUUAAACUAGAUCUGGACGGCACAUCUCAGUCGCUGCGAGGCGUGGAGAACGAGAAGGAGGAGCUGAGCAGUUUGACCGUCAUGCUGCAGAAGUCCAUCGAGGUCCAACUCUCCGAGGAGAAGCAGAGAACUUUGGAGCUGCUGGAGGAAGACAAGGACGUGGAGGAAGAGGUGGAGGAGGAGAAUAGGAAGAGCCAGGAUGCCAAGGACCUCCUGCAGGACCUGCACCACAUUGAGGAGCAGAUGAAGCUGCUGAUGAAGGAGAAGGAGCAGGCCGAUGAAAAGCUGAGGGAGAACCAGCAGCGAGCGGAGCUUCUCCAGCAGGAAAGAGAGUUCUACUCGUCACAGGCCAGGACGCUUCAGCAGUCGCUCUCUCAGCUCACCGUGGACAAGCAGCAGACGGAGGCGGAGCUUCAGGUGGAGAUGGAGUCCCGCGUGGAGCUGGAGAAGAGGCUGAAGCGUGCCGAGGAGGCCCUGCAGGGCCUGGAGAAAGGCCUGGACUCUCUGGACCGAACCAAGGAGCGAGACGAGAGAAUGAGGGGGGAUGUCACUCAGCUGAGGCGCUUCUUUGAGGAGUGCAUCUGCGCGGCCGAGAUCGAAGCCAAGCUGCCGGCGAUCAUGAAGAACGCCGUGUACCUCCACAAGGCGGCCGCGCGCCGGAUCAAGAGCUGCCGCAUCCAGAGGAGGGCCUCUCGACGCCACUGGCUCAAACAUUCAAAGUCGCUGGCGGCGGCGGACGAGGAGGGCGGUGUUGUUGGUGGUGGCGGCAGCGGCGGCAGCAUGGAGGACCUGAGGGAGACGGCCCGCAGACUCACCUGCGACAGCACCUUCAGGGAGACCGUCUACAAGAUCAUGGCACGCAAAGAUGGCGCCAGCUUCCACCAACAGUGAACACGUAGGGUCAUGUACGCCGCUCCCUUCCCCAAUACAGCGACCAUUACUGCAAACACGUGGACUGGUGUACUCCUUUCUAAUAUUUACACUCUUUACACUCUUCCGUGUGUAUGUACCCUUUGUAUGUGUCUGGAGCAGUGGCGUCAUUAGGCCGAAUUUAGGGGGGAUAAAUAGUUUGAUAGUUUUUAUUGAUUUUUUUUUACAAAAGAAUCUCUGACACUAAAUAAUUAAUUUUUUAUAGAUUUUUUUUUUCACAAAAAAUCUCUAAACACUAAAUAAUUAGAUAUUUUUUAUGAUUUUUUGUUUGUUUUUUACAAAGAAAUCUCUGACACUAAAUAAUUAUAUAUAUAUUUAUUGAUUUUUGUUUUUUUACAAAGAAAUCUCUGACACUAAAUAAUUAGAUAAAUUUUUAUUGAUUUUUUUGUUUUUUUUUACAAAAAA